AUGUAUAACGGAAUACCUGGACCACCACCUGGUGGCAUGAUGUCUUCAAUGGGCAUGCCACAACAGCAAUCUGCGCAGAAGCACGAUAUCUUCGUCGGAAACUUGGCCUUCAACACAACAGAAGAGCAAUUACAUCAGGCCUUUUCAGAUAUCGGGAGAGUAUUAAAAGUUAGGCUGGUCACAGAUAUUGAAACUGGAAAGCCAAGAGGUUUCGCCUUUAUCGAGUUUGAAGAUCCUCAAGCCGCUUUGAGUGCGAUUCGGAAUAUGAAUGACUACGAACUAAAUGGAAGAAGAUUGCGUGUCAACUUUAGUAACAGUUCUCAUUUGGAGGCUUUGGCCGGGAAAUUGGGUAUGGAUCUUCCCCAGCAAACCAAACGAACAACAACACAGUCAAGUGCAAAAAACCAAACCAGCGGUGGAACGGAUGCGAUUGCAGCUGCUCUCAAGGGAAUGUCGAAAGGGGAAAUGUAUAGUAUUGUGGCCAAGUUCAAAGAAAUUGCUGAUGGUGAACCAGAUGAAGCCCGUCGUAUCUUGUCAGGUCACCCACAGCUCCCAGAGGCUAUGCUGUACUUGAUGAGUACGCUUGGCAUGGUACAAACACCAGUAGUCACAGACGGCGGAACAGCUGGUCUUGCUCCUCCUCCACUACCAGGCGGUGCACUUCCAAUGCCACCAAGUGGACGUGCUGCGGAUCCACGUGCAAGGGCAUCAGAUCCCCGAGCUGCAGCGCCUGUCGAUCCUAGAAGUGCUGCUGUGGUACCUCCACCACCGCGGGCUGAUCCUAGAGCGAGGAUCGAUCCUAGAGCUUCAAGAAGUGUUCCUCCAGCACCACCAAUGCCUCCACAGCCUCCUCAGUAUGGCGUACCACCACCGCCACCACCAUCUGCUGGAGUUGCAAACCUCGAUCCAGCUCUCGUCCAACAAGUUAUGUCACUGACUCCUCAACAAAUCUCUCAGCUGCCGCCAAAUAAGCAACAAAGUAUAUUGGCCUUGCGCCAGCAAAUCAGCGGGGGGAGGUAG